AUUUUCAAGCUUUACAUAUUCCAUAUCACAUGACAUGGACUUUUAAAAAAAAAUUCCCAUUACAGCGUAUGCAGUGCUUCGACAAACUUUUUAUGAUUUCCGUAUUGGAAAAUGGCUUCAUUAAAAACAAGCAUUCGGUGUUCAUUUCCAAAUUGGUGUUCAAAAUGUGGUGUUUUACAUGUAAAUGUGUCAAAUAUUGAGGAAAUACAAAUAGAUUCCUCCAACUGUUCAAGGUUUUACGAAAACCCUUUCCCUUUUGAGAUCCGACACCCACAGGGGGUUCUAAAGGGAGGACGACGAUGUUGUGAAGGGACUCUUACAGUUCAUUACAAUGUAACAAAGAAAAUUGAAGCACGGGGGUUACAAAUCUUCACCGAAAUUCAAAGUGAAACAACCCAGACAGUAGGAAACGAAACAUAUCCUGUCACUGUAAACAGUCACCACCCUAAUUUGCCUGCCAUUGUGUCCGCAGGGGCGGGGUAUGGAGGCGUGUUUUUGUUUAUCGUCUGUGCUGUUUUGGUUUUCGUUUGGAGAAGGGUAUCACAAAAAGUGAAGUCGUGUAAAUACAAAGUUCCCAAGAGUGAUCCAUUCGACACGAUUCAAAACGAUUACAACCCUGUUGACAGCCAUUAUGAGAACACUGUGAAUCACGCCAUUACAAAUAGGAACCAUUCGAAUCGGGCACCUGUCGCAAACCCCGUGAUUUUGGAAUUACAAGGUACUCUACAACGUCCGACAGAAUUAAAUAAUACAGCCCCUAAAGCACACGUUCUUGCAUCAUCAUCCGAUCAAGAUAUUUCAACAGACGAACCAGAUUACGUUAAUACAGAAGGAUAUCUUAAUUUAAACAACCUUCAAUCUCCACCUUGCAGGGGCGUCACAGCUAGAUGCCAUGAUUCAUCAACAUUCUUACACAAGGUCCUACAAAGACGAUAUCAAAGUGACAUUGCUGAUAACGCCAUACCUCAUUUAUAUGUUGAGGUUAUUAAGUGAAUUCAGUUUCAUAAAAAACUAUAUUAAAGUUCUUUUUUUUUUUUUUUAAAUUUCUAAUCUACUAACCCAUUUAAAAUGCAAUUAAAAAUUCAGCGAUUGUUGCAAUCAUGCAAUUAGCAAUGUUUUUCAAGGGGUAGCUGGAGAAAUUGACUUCAUAUUUGCUCAAAGAAUCUUUGAAUUUAACCUUAUUAUUCACCCAAUAUUUUUACAUUGCAUGUAAAAUUAACAAAAAAGGAACGUUGUGAAAAUUAGGGACCGGGAAAACCCAGCCCCUUCUGAUGCUACGUGCCUGGUUUUAUGUCAAUAUCAUCAAAAUCUUCAUCAAACUGCAGAAGGAAAACAUGGAUUUUGCUUUGAAUUUUAUUCAUUUGCACAAGAAACAAUCUGUGAUUUCACCUAAAGCUUCAAACCGAUACAAAUAAAACGAUCCUAUUAUUAAAA